UAUACAUUCAUAUAUAUACGCAAAUACAAAUUACAUAUGUAUAUAUAAAAAGCAACAAAGUGGCAAGGACGUUCAUCAUCUGGUGAAUAUCGACGACACUAUCGAAACUAUGUUGCCAGAUAGAUAAACGAGAAACCGUUAUUUGUGAAAAUAUACUUAAAAUGUUUCCUGUACAUUGCAAUAGUUGUUUUAAAAAACGGGAGGCUGCACCCGGUACAGAAUAUCUGCUUAGUCGCUGUCACCAUAUAGUCUGCGCUAACUGCGCGCCGAAUUCAACAAAUGGCGAACGAAAGUGUCCCGUCUGCAAUCGUAGCUUUAGUAGCGUAGCCAUUACAAGUUCAAUGCCAACACAUGCUGCCAACUAUUUUACCAAUCCCAGCAUAUUUUUGAAAAUGUAUCGGAGUAUUAGCCAAUUCCAAAGUGAUCAGCGUAACUCGUACUAUGCAAACUACUACAAAAAUCAGGCGCAAUUGCCAAAGAAAAAACUGAAGCUGCAGGGCUACCUAAAGCUGGAAGCUCAAUUGCGAGAGCAAAAUGACAACGAGAUGCGACGCAUCACAGAGUUACGUAACUAUAUCGACUACUACGAACGGAACGACGAAAAGUUUCUUGGCAAUGCAAGUUACAGCUCUUCUGAUAUAUCGAGCACAUCGCGAAUGAUUAACCGCCCAAGGACGCCUUCCCUUAGCGCGACAGACGAAACCACACUCACGGAUGAGGCUGACAUGAACGAAAGCGCCCACAUGGACAGAUUUGAUAAGCUGCUCUCGCAGGCAACCUUAACAAUAUCCCAACGCUCGAAGCUUAAGAGAUCUAAGAGACGAGACUCUAGAAAUAGUGUCAAAAGUACGUGAGAUAAAUACUCACUCAUUUGGUAACAAAAAACAAGAGUAAAGAUUAUAUGAAGUCUAAAAAUAUAAUU